UCUACUGCUUUCUUAACAGAGCUGGUGAUGCUGUUAGAAUGGUGGUCUGGCACAGAGUGCACGCUGUACACUGAUCAGGCCACGGUGGAUAAGUUCGGCAAAGAGCACGUCAUCAUCAUCCUCAACCAUAACUAUGAGAUCGACUUCCUGUGUGGCUGGACCAUGUGUGAGAGAUACGGCGUACUGGGGAGUUCUAAGGUUCUGGCUAAACAAGAGCUGCUGAAAGUUCCUCUGAUCGGCUGGACGUGGUACUUCCUGGAAAUUGUUUUCUGCAAGCGGAAGUGGGAGGAGGACAGAGAAACUGUCUUCAGUGGGCUGAACCGUCUCCGAGAUUACCCAGAAUACAUGUGGUUUCUGCUGUACUGUGAAGGAACGAGAUUUACGGAAAAUAAACAUCAGAUAAGCAUGCAGGUGGCUGAGAGUAAGGGCCUUCCAAAACUGAAGUACCACCUGCUGCCCCGCACCAAAGGAUUCACCACUACAAUGCAAUGCCUCAAGGGAACAGUGAAAGCUGUGUACGAUGUCACGCUCAACUUCAAAGACAAGCAGAACCCGACCCUGCUGGGCAUCGUUAACGGGAAGAAAUACAAAGCAGACAUGAGCAUCAGGCGCUUUCCUGUGGAGGAGAUUCCUGAUGAUGAGAAACAGUGUGCUGACUGGUUACACAAGCUCUACCAAGAGAAGGAUGCGUUACAAGAACACUAUGAGAAGGAAGGCUGUUUCCCUGGCCCCACCAUCAAACCCAAACGUCGAGUUUGGACACUGCUGAACUUCCUGUUUUGGGCUACUCUCCUGCUUUCUCCGCUUAUUAACUUUGCCUGGGAUGUCUUUGUCAGCGGUUCUCCCCUCCUCAUCAUUGGCUUUAUGAUCUUCCUUGUUGUCGCUUCUGUAGCAGUUCGCCGGCUCAUCGGUGUAACCGAAGUGAAGAAGACCGGAUCCAGCUACGGCAACAUAGAGGCCAAGAAAGACAACUAAACAUUUUUACCGUGUAAACACCGUGUGGCCGCUGUAUCGCUCACCCUGCAGUCCAGCCUCAGGCUCAAAGCUGCCCUGUGUGCAGUUACCCUUCUUUUUACAAAAAAUAAAAUAAAAAAUUAAAUUAAAUAUUAAAAUCUCAGCAUUGGGAGGUAUAUAGGGAUAUCAGCAUUGGGAGGUAUAUAGGGAUAUAACUGUAGAUUUAACUUAAUACGCUAGUUUAUAAACAUUAUGAUCAUUUUUAUGAACCAACUAAAUGGGAAAUAGAGGAGAAGAAACAUUCGCCAACUGCGGAUCAAUGACGAAAUGAGAUGAGAUGAACCAGAGAGACCAACCGCUGAUACUAAUCACCCUAUCAGUGACUUGUCCCUCCUGUUUAGCCCCACCCUUUAAUACGAUAAGACCCGCCCCUUUUCCCCAAACAAGCCCACUUCUUGUGAUAGUUUUCCAUUAAGUGUUUUGUAACACUUCCUUCACUGCAUCUACAAUUUCAGUAGCUGUUUCUACACAGCGUUCCUCUUUGGAUCUUCACCCAAAACCACACGGAGUCACUGCGAUCAGAAUUUCACGUCAUGGGCUGGCGGAGCGUGUGGCGUUUGAGGAAGACAACAGCCCAGCCAAUCAGCAAUGAUGGUCACGACACGGCCCCUACCCAACAAAUGAACUGUUGAAGAUCUUUGGUCCGUUGCAGCUGGAGUGACUUUGCUGAAAACUGUUUAAUGUGACCAACUUGAUGGUAAUAUAUAUGGACUGAGCAGGGAAAAGCGUGUCUACUGUAACUUCUGUACUCCCAAUUUUGAGACCUUUUCACAAUGGUGUCUUAACCCACUUCGUCACCAUUGUUUUACUGGCUAUGCUGAAUAAGCGAUAAAUGUUUUCUACCAAUGUACUCACCUGAUUCACCUAGAGCAUCUUUUAGUUAGUGAGCAGUUUUAGUUCGGACCAUGAUUCAGUUGCCCAAUCUCUCUAGCCAUGUGUAAUUAAAUGCAGGGGAUGAAGAGUGAGAGUCGCUGAAUGACCAAGAAGAAAACGAUGAGUUCUAUCAAUAAAGAAAGAGUGUGAAACUUGUUUAGUGUAAACCAAUGACACUAAUGGUUUGUAAAUAAACUCUAGAAGUUUCUUCUUGACUAAAAUCCAUCUGAAUUCGCAGAACAUUUGCACUUCAUUUAAAUUUGUCUCUCUUUUUGUCACCCAUUGUUUUCAAUGUGCAACUUGGUACUUUUUUGUGACUAAACUAAUCGUGCAAGCCUUAAAGGAACAGAUCAGAGCAGCUUUGUUUGGUGUGCGCUUGGACCAUCCAGUGUGGUUGUGAUUCUCUCAUAUUGUGCAGGUUUGCUGACCCUCAAAUCACGUGUAGAUCACAGAUAAUGUUCGUGUGAAAGCGCUUCAGAUGCAGUGUAGCAGGUGUGAGGUUUGUAAUUUAGGUCGAAGACCAAAGUUCAUUAACCUAAAAUAUUAUUGUGCAAGGUUUACUUUUUACCAUAACCUGGUUUGAAGUAAUAUUGAGUUCAUGUAUUUUUAUUUUCACACGUUAUUUCUGAGAGACUGAAUUUAUUAAUUUCACAAAAAGCAGUGAUUCCCACAGCAAAGUUUUUAUUUUUAUGAGAUGAUACUGUGAAAGAAAAAUAAUCCAUGUAUGGGUGUUGUUUCAGAGUACGCUGACUGAUCUGGGAUCUGUGAUUGUAGAUAAGACCACUACAGACAGGGUAGGACUCUGAGCCAAUAUCAGUUCUAGUACUCUGAUGCUGUUAUGAGUGAUAGCUGAUCUUGUAAUAAAUGUUGCUACUGUAUAGCACUGAAAAGGUUGAGUUCUUCGAGCACAGACUAAGUGGUGAGCUUUGGAACAGAUGCUAAAUAUUAUUGCGAGUGUUUCUGACUUGCUUUCAAAUCCCUUCUCAAAAAAGCGGUAUGUGAACGGAGGUCGAGUAGAACUAAAAAUUUAGUCUGUUAAAAUCACAACUUUUUUUGUAUCUUAUUUCCAAUCAAUUAAAGCAUUCAGUGUAUGAUUGAAA